AUGAAUAAUAGUUCUGGAAAACCCCACGUUGUAGCAGUGCCAUUCCCAGCCCUAGGUCACGCUAUCCCAUUACUCGACUUUGCUAAGUUACUCGCAUCACAUGGUCUCACCGUCAGCUGUGUCACCACGGCUACUAACUUACCUCAUCUGGAAUACCAAUUGGCACAAGCUAUUUCCUCAAGUCUGGACAUUCGCCUUCUAGUCCUUCCUACGCCUACCAUGGAAGGCUUAGCGGUGGGAAUAGAGAGCUUCGAACAAGUACCCACUGAGCAGUGCGGUCUUAUUUUUGAAUUGGCCGUUAAACUUGAACACCCUUUUAAUUGUUGGAUUGAGGACCAGCAAGGGAUGGAAGCUCCAGUUUGUGUGAUGUGUGAUAUGCUUUUGGGAUGGAAUAUGGAGGUAAUCCAAAAGCACAAUAUACCCAGAGUGGUAUUCAAUACUUACGGUGCGUUUGGACUGAGUGUCAUGCGUUCUGCAUGGUUGUCUGCAUUGCACAACGCAAUUGAAGAAGGGGGAGAGAGUAUUGUUCUGAGCUUGGAUCUGCCCGCUCCUCUUAGAUUUCAUAGCCAUGAGAUAGACCCUAAUUUUUUCGACCCCUUCAUGCUCCAGUUCUUAGGAUGUUUACAGUCGCUCAAUGAAAGUUGUGGAAUGCUGAUCAAUGCAUUUGAGUAG